AUGCAUCUCUUUCUCUCUCCAUUUCUUUAUUUAUAUUUAUAUUUUUCUAUUGCUCCAUACUCUAUAGUGUUGUGUAGAGAGAUCCUCCAUUUCCCUCCACUCUUCUCUUGUGAUCUCCAUCCUAGGGCAUUUAUAGCCAGGGAGUAACAUUCGUUCUUGUUCCCAAUCUCUCUCUCUCUCUCUCUCUUUCUCUCUUCAGGUGGUGGUAGUGGAUUCUGUUAAGGUGAUCAGUGGAUCAUAGAUUUUGGUGUGAUCCCUUCGUAGAAGAAGAGAAAGGCGAGGGCGAGGGUUUUUUUGUGAUUAGGGUUUAGAUUUUGACAGAUCUAAGUUGGGGAUAGUAGAGAGACAGAGAGGUGGUGGUGAGAAGGGAGAGUCAUGGAUCUAGAUGAUGAAAAGGGAUCUGGAUCUAGUAAUUCAAGUAGCAGGGGAUCUCCAGAAGCUAAGAGUUGUGCUGAUUGCAGGACUACAAGGACACCUCUCUGGAGAGGAGGGCCAUCUGGCCCUAAGUCAUUAUGCAAUGCAUGUGGGAUUAGAUAUAGAAAGAAGAGAAGAGGAACUAUGGGCUUGAAAGAUGGAGGGGAUGAUUGGAAGAGGGGAAAGAGUGGUGCUGUUAGUAGAAGCAAAGAACAAUAUGUUAAGCUUGGUAUGUUAGGAGGAGGUUUGGGGAGAGAUGUGAUUUUCAAAGAUAAAUCUUUUCUUUGGAAGCAAAUGAAACUCAGGGAGGAGGAACAGGCUGCUGUACUUUUGAUGGCUCUUUCAUAUGGAAAUCUCUGAAAACAAAAAAUAGAGA